UGAAAGAGGUUCUGCCUGCGCGGGCCGUGCCGGCGCGAUGUCGGGUUUCAGCCCGGAGCUGAUCGAUUACCUGGAGGGGAAGAUCUCCUUUGAGGAGUUCGAGCGGCGGCGGGAGGAGCGCAAGAGCCGCGAGAAGGAUGGUGAAAAUGCAUCUGGUGAGGAAAACACAGAAGAUACAGAGGCUCCAUCAUCAUCCAAAAAAGCAUCUGGGAAAUCCCAAAGUCAGGAUGAAACUGAUGGUGAAACUUCAGAUGGCGUCAGUAAGUCUGUUCAUCGGGUCUUUGCAUCCAUGAUUGGGGAAAAUGAAGAGGAGGAGGAGGAGGAGGAGGAAGAGGAAGAUGAAGAAGAAGAGGAAGAAGAAACUACCGAGCAACCCACAGCUGGAGAUGUUUUUAUGUUGGAGAUGGUGCUUAAUCGAGAGACCAAAAAAAUUAUGAAAGAGAAAAGACCCCGCAGCAAACUUCCUCGUGCCUUGAGGGGUCUGAUGGGAGAGGCCAAUAUCAGGUUUGCUCGAGGGGAGCGUGAGGAGGCUAUUCUAAUGUGCAUGGAAAUCAUUCGACAAGCUCCUCUUGCUCAUGAGCCAUUUUCCACUCUUGCCAUGAUCUAUGAAGACCAGGGUGAUAUGGAGAAGUCGUUACAGUUUGAACUGAUUGCAGCUCACUUAAAUCCGAGUGAUACUGAAGAAUGGGUCAGACUAGCAGAAAUGUCACUGGAACAGGACAAUAUCAAACAGGCUAUUUUUUGCUACACAAAAGCUCUGAAAUACGACCCAACCAACGUGCGUUACCUGUGGGAGAGAUCAAGCCUGUAUGAGCAGCUGGGAGAACAUAAGAUGGCUAUGGAUGGCUACAGGCGGAUUCUGAAUCUCCUGUCUCCCACUGAUGGAGAGCGCUUUAUGCAGCUGGCUAGAGACAUGGCAAAGAGCUAUUAUGAAGCCAAUGAUGUGACUUCUGCUAUUGACAUAAUAGAAGAAGCCUUUAGUAAACACCAGAGCCUUGUCUCCAUGGAAGAUGUUAACAUUGCAGCUGAAUUAUAUAUUUCUUCCAAACAGUACGACAAAGCAUUGGCGGUUAUUACAGAUUUUGCAGGAAUUGCACUUGAAAAGAAAGUAGCAGAAGAAAGUCCAACUGUGGAGAAAAAAGAAGAUCCAGGGCCAGUGGUAGAAACUGAGGAAAGCCAGGAGGCAGCACCUGAAGAGCAAAGCAAUCCAGUUGCUAAACCCGCUGCUGCAGGUGUGGAGAAGGUCAGCUGCUGCAUUCCUGAGGGCGUACCCAUAGACAUCACAGUCAAGCUGAUGGUGUGCUUAGUUCACUUGAACAUACUAGAGCCGCUCAGUCCUCUUUUGACCACUCUGGUGGAACAAAAUCCAGAGGAAAUGGGUGACUUGUAUUUGGACGUCGCAGAGGCAUUUCUGGAUGUUGGAGAAUACAACUCGGCACUGCCUCUCCUGAGUUCCCUUGUCUGUUCAGAACGAUACAACUUGGCUGUUGUCUGGCUUCGGCAUGCAGAGUGCUUGAAGGCUUUGGGACACAUGGAGCGUGCUGCAGAGAGCUAUGCCAAAGUUGUUGACCUUGCUCCACUGCAUCUGGACGCAAGAAUCUCACUUUCAACACUUCAGCAGCAGCUGGGCCGACCCGAAAAAGCUCUGGAGGCUCUGGAACCAAUGUAUGAUCCAGAUACAUUGGCUCAGGAUGCUAAUGCUGCCCAGCAGGAAUUAAAGCUACUCCUCCAUCGUUCGACGCUGUUGUAUUCCCAAGGCAAAAUUUAUGGUUAUGUAGACACUUUACUUACAAUGCUGGCAAUGCUGCUGAAGGUAGCAAUGAGCAGAGCUCAGGUGUGUUUGAUAUCUAGUUCCAAGUCUGGAGAGAGACACCUCUAUCUUAUUAAGGUGCCAAGAGAUAAAAUUUCUGACAAUGAUGACCAAGAGACAGCAAAUUGCGAUGCAAAAGCAAUCUUAGCUGUUCUCACGAGUGUUCUGACAAAAGAUGACUGGUGGAACCUCCUCCUGAAGGCUAUAUACGCCUUGUGUGACCUCUCCCGGUACAAGGAGGCAGAGCUUCUAGUGGAUUCCUCCCUGGAAUAUUACUCAUUUUAUGAUGAUAGGCAAAAGCGCAAGGAGCUGGAAUACUUUGGGCUCUCUGCUGCAAUACUGGACAAGAAUUUCAGAAAAGCAUACAACUAUAUCAGAAUCAUGGUGAUGGAAAAUGUCAAUAAACCUCAGCUGUGGAACAUCUUCAAUCAGGUUACUAUGCAGUCUCAGGAUGUCCGGCACCAUCGCUUUUGUCUCCGCCUGAUGCUGAAAAACCCUGAUAACCAUGCACUGUGUGUCCUGAAUGGGCAUAAUGCGUUUGUGUCUGGCAGUUUCAAGCAUGCUCUUGGACAGUAUGUGCAAGCCUUUCGUACAAACCCAGAUGAACCUCUGUACAGUCUUUGUAUUGGGUUGACUUUCAUCCACAUGGCUUCUCAGAAGUAUGUGUUGAAAAGGCAUGCUCUUCUGGUACAGGGAUUUUCCUUCCUUCACCGGUACUUGGACCUGCGUGGACCAUGUCAAGAGUCAUUCUACAACCUUGGCCGUGGCCUUCACCAGCUGGGAUUGUUGCACCUGGCAAUCCACUAUUACCAGAAAGCACUUGAACUUCCUCCGCUCACCUUAGAGGGAAUAGAGACUGAUCAGACAGACUUGAGAAGAGAUGCUGCCUUUAACUUGUCACUUAUUUAUCAGAGCAGUGGAAACAUCAGAAUGGCUCGGAAGCUGAUGUAUACCUAUGCAGUUGUAUGAUGAGGUUUGUGGCAGGUGGAACUGAUACUCUCUGUAUUAACUUUUGCAGUAUGCAGUGCUGGGGAAAUAGAUUUGUGUACAGCUUUUUCUGUAGGUGGUCAGACAGGGCUUGUGCUCUACAUGGCUUAAUGGACUACUCCUACUUCCAAUAUUUGAACUGUAUCACAAAUGAAUGGAAACUGACAUGCGCAGGUCUGGCUGUUAUUAGCUGUUCUCCUUUGAUGCACUGCUUUGUAAUCUCAGUCUUGUAUAUAGAAUCAAACUGAAGUCCAGGGCAGCUUGUUGUUUUGGGGUUUUUUUUAAGGGAAGAUUUAUGAUGUGCAAUAUUACAACUUCUUACCAGUGAGGUGGUUCAAGAAGCCCGGUUCACUGGUGAUUAGGUUUGCUUUCUUAAUGUGCAGUAUUAAAGUACUUUAAUACAGAAGCAGUGGGCUCAUACUAAUCCCCAGAGGUUGGAGAGCUCGCUAUUUCAAGUACUCAGAAUUUCCUAGGAGUUCAUAUUCCCAGCAGCUCUCCUAUUUGAAGGACCUUGAUUUCUAUUUACUGAAAUCAGUGUGACCUCUGUUGUUGUUCUGAACUUGUUAAUAAAAAUUCUGAGGAUAAUAAUAA